CCCGCCGUUUCGGACCUGAGCGCCCACCCGUGACACCCAGCGAACCCAGGCCUGAUAGGCCGCGUCUCCUUGGUCGGUGAGGGGCUUAGUCCCGCCCCUCCGAGCUAACGCCCGCCGCCACGUACCACGUUUCUACGUGUCUGGAGCCUGAAAGCGGAAGUUACGCCAGGGACUCGCGAGCGGAGCGCCGGACCUGAAAGGAUAUAGGCCGCAAGAGGAAAAGGGGCGGGCAGACGAAAAGGUAUAGUUUGGCAGUGGGGCCUCCCAAAAAAGACCCAAAAGUUAAGGGUGUCCAAUCUGCAGCUGUUCAGGCUUUUCUCAGAAGAAAAGAAGAGGAGCUCAGGCAAAAAGCUUUAGAGGAGAAAAGGAGAAAAGAGGAACUAGUGAAAAAGCGAAUUGAGCUAAAACAUGACAAGAAAGCAAGAGCUAUGGCCAAAAGGACAAAGGAUAAUUUCCAUGGUUACAACGGGAUUCCCGUUGAGGAAAAGUCAAAGAAGAGGCAGGCAGUGGAAAGCCACAUUAGCCACGGAACAGAACAAGAGUAUGAGAUGGAAGAAGAAGAUGAAUUCUUAGAAUACAAUCAAGCAGAGUCAGAGCAGGAGUAUGAGGAAGAGCAAGAACCUCCCAAAGUUGAAAGCAAACCAAAGGUCCCCCUUAGAAGUGCCCCACCACUCAUGAACUUCACUGAUCUACUCAGGCUGGCUGAGAAAAAGCAGUACGAACCAGUGGAGAUCAAAGUAGUGAAGAAAACAGAAGAGCGGCCCAUGACUGCAGAAGAACUUAGGGAGCGAGAAUUCCUUGAACGAAAGCAGAGGAAAAAGAGACCUGAGACAGAUGCAAGACUACCUCCAACCAAAAAGGCACCCUCUCAGAAAGAAAGCAUGGGCACAAAACUUAGCAAACAUCCUUCCAGGGGUACUCCCCUUCCUCAUGCUGAGAAGAAAUCCAGACCCAGCACAGCCAAUGAGAAACACUUAGGUGUGUCUUCAUCCAAAUCCAUGCCAGGAGAGAGGACCAAAGCAGGAUCUGUCAGUUGCUCUCAACCCUUACUUCGUGAGGGCCAUGACAGACCUGUCUUCAAUGGGGCUGGAAAGCCCCACUCCAGCACCUAUUCACCAAGUGUCCCAAAGACUUCUGCUAAGGGGACUCAGAAAUCUGCUACUGAGCACAAAGCCAAAAAAUCUCCUCCCCAUCCUAGCCAUUCCAGGCCUGGGUCCCUGGUUACCCCACACAAUAAAGCUAAGAGUCCAGGUGUCAGGCAGCUGGGCAACAGCAACAGCUCCAGCUCAGCUCCUGGACGGCCCGGCACAGGGACUGCUCGGCCUACAGUUAGUUCUGGCCCCGUGCCCAGGCGCCAGAACGGCAGCUCCAGCUUAGGACCUGAGCGAUCGGUCAGUGGGACCAAGAAGCCAGCCAGUGACUUCAGUCUCUCCGGACGGACACUCAGUGGUACAGGUGGCCCUGGGCACCCUGCAAGCAGCUCAAGUGGCCCUGGGCGACCCACCAGUGGCUCAGGUGGUUCUGGGAGAGCUCUGGGCAGCUCUGGUGGCCCUGGGCGGCCUGUGAGCAGUCCACAUGACCUUCGACGACAAGUGAGUGGCUCUGUCCCCUCUGGGCGGCCAGUCAAUGGCCCUGGGCGGCCAGUCAGUGGCCCUGGGCGACCAGUCAGUGGUCCUGGGCGGCCAGCCAGUGGCCCUGGGCAAUCAGUAAGUGGCUCAGUUCCAGCUGGACGGACUGUCAGUAGUUCAGGGCCCGGAAGACCGGUGAGCAGCUUGGGACCCGGGCGACCAGUUAGUAGCUCCAGUCUCCCCCUAAAGCCCAAGUGUACUGUUGUCUCAGAAACAAUUUCUUCCAAGAAUAUAAUUAGCCGAUCCAGCAAUGGACAGAUGAAUGGAAUGAAGCCUUCCUUAUCUGGCUACAGAUCUGCCCAAGUUCCUCAAAGGCCUCCCUUCCCUAGUGGUUACAAAAGGCAGCGAGAAUAUGAAGAGGAGGAAGAUGAUGAUGAAUAUGACUCUGAAAUGGAAGAUUUUAUUGAAGAUGAAGGAGAACCUCAGGAAGAAAUAUCCAAGCACAUUCGAGAAAUCUUUGGCUAUGACCGAAAAAAAUACAAAGAUGAAAGCGAUUAUGCCUUACGUUACAUGGAGAGUAGUUGGAAAGAGCAGCAGAAGGAAGAAGCAAAGAGUUUGAGACUAGGUAUGCAGGAGGACUUAGAGGAAAUGAGACGUGAAGAAGAAGAAAUGAAGCGUCGAAAGGCCAAGAAGCUGAAGAAGCAUUAGCUGCUGCUUUUAUUUAUUUUUGUGAAAUUCUGGAGACACUCUGCUGCAAGGAGGUCCUGCCUUCAGAAUGAAGAAGCCCC